CAGCUGCGGCGGCGGCAGCGGCGGCGCAUUCUGGCGGCGUUCUAACCAAACAAUGACUCCUACUACGGAGCGGAGGAAAGCACGCCAAUAGAAUGCCUCUGACGGCACCAAUUUCGCCGCUAAUCAGUCCCCUCACCUAACAAGAACAUGUGGAUACCCACGGAGCAGGAAAAAUACGGCGUCGUGCUGGCCAGUUUCCGAGGAACCGUCCAACACGGCCUCCCGCUGGAAAUCGGCGACACGGUGCAGAUCUUGGAGAAAUGCGAAGGCUGGUACCGAGGAUUCAUCCUGAAGAACCCAAACGUCAAGGGCAUCUUCCCAUGCAGUUACAUCCACCUGAAGAAUGCCCACGUGAAGAACAAAGGGUACGUACCUUUGCACGUCCUCGCCCUGGUGCCCACCCGCACGUCUCAGGAGAGUUUGUACCUUUCCAGCCAAUUCGAGACGGUCAUCCCCGUGGAGGACACGGUCAUCACCGAGAUGACCUCCACCUUGCGGGACUGGGGCGCCAUGUGGAAGCAGCUCUACGUGAAGAACGAAGGCGACUUGUUCCACCGGCUGUGGCACGUGAUGAAUGAAAUCCUGGACCUGAGGAGGCAGGUGCUGGUGGGCCACCUCACCCACGACCGCAUGCGGGACGUCAAGCAGCACAUCACGGCGCGACUGGACUGGGGCAACGAGCAACUGGGUCUGGACCUGGUCCCCAGACAGGAGUUCAGCAUGGUGGACCCGGAUGAAAUCAGCGUGACGGAGCUCUACAGACUGAUGGAGCAUCGACAUCGCAAGAAAGAGUCCCCGACGCCCGCCAGCACGCAUCACUUAUUUGUCCACGUGAAGAGCUUGAUGAGCGCCAACCUGGGAGAGGAGUUGGAGGUCUUCUUCCACAUAUACGACGGCCGCGAGAACCGACCUCUUAGUGAAAGGUUUUUUGUCCGGCUGAAUAAGAGCGGCUUGCCCAAGUCGCCGGAGAAGACGGAGAGACAGUGCACGCUGUUUGUGGAUCUGGGAAGCAGCGACCUGCGGAAAGACGUCUACAUCGUGGUGCACGUCAUCAGAAUAGGGAGAAUGGGUGCCGGAGAGAAGAAGAACCAGUGUAGCGUUCAAUACCGCCGGCCGUUCGGCUGCGCCGUCGUCAGCAUCGCCGAUCUGCUCACGGCCGACUCCAAGGACGACCACCUGCUCAAGGUUUUCGCAUGCAACACAGAGAGCGAGUGGCACCAGAUCCAUGAGAACAUCAUCAAGAAGGCAAACUCCAGGUACAACCUGUCUGGAUCCAACACAGGACUGGCCGUGGCUCUCCAGCUCCUCCACGGCGACAUCGAUCAGCUGAGGCGGGAGUACAUGCUUCUGUUCACUCGCGGCGUCUCCAUCACCAGGAAGCUGGGCUUCUCUGAUGUCAUCAUGCCAGGAGAGAUGAGGAAUGAUCUGUACGUCACACUGGAGAAAGGAGAGUUUGAAAAGGGUGGGAAGAGCGUUGCACGGAAUGUGGAGAUCACCAUCUAUGUGCUGGAUAUUGAAGGACAAAUCCUUAAGAGCCACAUGGCCGCCGGCUCCGGCGAGCCCGGCGCGGAGGAUUACCACUCGCUGGUGCUGUACCACAACAACAGCCCCCGCUGGGCGGAGCAGAUCAAGCUGCCCAUCCCUGUCGACAUGUUCCGGGGAUCGCACGUGCGCUUCGAGUUCCGACAUUGCUCAACGAAGGAGAAGGGGGAGAAGAAGCUGUUCGGCUACUCCUUUGUCCCGCUGAUGCAAGAGGACGGGAGGACUCUGCCAGAUGGCACCCACGAGCUCAUUAUCCACAAGUGUGAAGAGAACACCAAUUUGGCCGACUGCACGCGCUAUCUGAAGCUCCCUUUCUCCAAGGCCAACGUCCCGUCCAACAACCAGACUCUGAAAGGCACCAAGGAGUCUUUCUGGAUCACCAGCUUCCUCUGCUCCACCAAGCUCACACAAAACGGCGACAUGCUGGACCUGUUGAAGUGGCGAGCGCACCCGGAGAGGAUCAACGACAGCCUCUCCAAGCUGAAGGAGAUCGACGGCUCGGAGAUUGUGAAAUUCCUACAGGACACCUUGGACACACUUUUUGGCAUCCUGGACGAGAGCUCCCAGAGAUACGGACUCAAGGUGUUCGACUCGCUGGUUCACAUCAUCAACCUUCUGCAGGACAGCAAAUUCCAGCACUUCAAGCCUGUGAUGGACACUUACAUUGAGAGCCACUUUGCAGGGGCUCUGUCAUACAGGGACCUCAUCAAAGUCCUAAAGUGGUACGUGGACCGCAUUGUGGACGCGGAACAUCAGGAUCACAUCCAGCAGGUCCUCAAGGCUAGCGAGUACAUUUUCAAGUACAUCAUUCAGUCCCGCCGCCUCUUCUCCUUGGCAACGGGAGGCCAGAGCGAGGAGGAGUUCCGCGUCUGCAUCCACGAGCUCUUCAUGUCCAUCCGCUUCUUCCUCUCACAGGAAAACAAAAGCACAAGUCCGGUGGCGCAGACGCAGGCGGUCUUCCUGCGGACCUUCCCGGCGGUUUACGGCGAGCUCCUGAAGAUCUUCACGGUGCGGGAGGUGGCCGGCUUCGUCAGGGAGACGCUGAGCAGCCUGCCCGCCGUCGUCCACGCCGACUGCCCCCUGGAGGCGGUCAAACUGCAGUGCCUUGCCAAGACGGUGGAGGGCCAGCUUUACGUCAACCCAGAAUCCAGGUGCAUCCUGCUGCCGGUGGUGCUGCGCAUCCUGCAGGCCCACAUGCAGGAGCAGAGGGACCUGGUCAUGUGCGCGCGGAUCCUCACCAGCAUGCUGUCGCUCAUCAAGAAGGAGGAGAAUGGCACUUCUGAGCCAAUCAUCUCAGAGGAGGUGGACCUGAUCGUGGAAAGCCUGCUGGGAGUGUUGCUCAGGACCAUCCUGGAAAUCAGCAACCGACCGCAGCCUGCUGGGCCGGCUAUGAGACUGCAGUUCCAGGAUGUCACUGGGGAGUUUGUGGCAUGUUUGCUGGCGCUGCUGCGACAGAUGACUGACAGACACUACCAGCAGCUGCUGCAGGCGUUCGGCAGCAAAGACGACCUGAGGGACUUCCUCCUUCAGAUCUUUACCGUCUUCAGGAUCCUUAUCCGGCCUGAGAUGUUCCCUAAAGACUGGACCGUCAUGCGGCUGGUCACCAACAACGUCAUCAUCACCACCGUCCUCUACCUCUCUGACGCCCUGAGGAAAAACUUCCUCAGUGAGAAGUUUGACUAUAAGGUGUGGGAUUCCUACUUCUACCUGUCUGUGUUGUUCAUCAACCAGCCCUGCCUUCAGCUGGAGGCUUUCGCUCCCUCCAAGAGGAAGAAAACUCUGGAGAAGUAUGGAGACAUGAGGGUGAUGAUGGGCUGCGAGAUCUUCAGCAUGUGGCAGAAUUUAGGUGAGCACAAGUUGAACUUCAUCCCGGCGAUGAUCGGGCCCUUCCUGGAGGUGACGCUGGUGCCGCAGCCCGACCUGAGGAAUGUGAUGAUCCCCAUCUUCCACGACAUGAUGGACUGGGAGCAGAGGCGCAGCGGCAACUUUAAGCAGGUGGAGGCCAAGCUGAUCGACAAGCUGGACAGCCUGAUGUCUGACGGCAAGGGAGACGAGACGUACCGGGAACUCUUCAACAGCAUCAUUCCCCUGUUUGGUCCCUACCCUAGUCUGCUGAAGAAGAUCGAGCGCGAGACCUGGAGGGAGAGCGGCAUCUCCCUCAUCGCCACCGUCACGCGACUAAUGGAGAGGCUGCUGGACUACAGGGACUGCAUGAAACUGGGGGAAGUGGACGGCAAGAAGAUAGGAUGCACCGUCAGUUUACUGAACUUCUACAAAACGGAGCUGAACAAGGAGGAGAUGUACAUCCGAUACAUCCACAAGCUGUACGACCUCCAUCUCAAGGCGCAGAACUACACAGAGGCGUCUUACACCCUGCUGCUGUACGACGAGCUCCUGGAGUGGUCUGACAGGCCUCUGCGGGAGUUCCUCAACUACCCCAUGCAGAGCGAGUGGCAGCGCAAAGAGUUCCUGCACCUCACCAUCGUGCAGAACUUCGACAGAGGCAAGUGUUGGGAGAACGGCAUCAUCCUGUGCAGAGAGCUGGCAGACCAGUACGAGUCCUACUAUGAUUACAGGAACCUCAGCAAGAUGAGGAUGAUGGAGGCAUCCCUCUAUGACAAGAUCAUGGACCAGCAAAGGCUGGAGCCGGAAUUCUUCAGGGUUGGAUUCUACGGAAAGAAGUUCCCCUUUUUCCUAAGAAACAAGGAGUUUGUUUGCCGCGGCCACGACUACGAGCGGCUGGAGGCCUUCCAGCAGAGGAUGCUCGGCGAGUUCCCGCACGCCAUCGCCAUGCAACACGUCAACCAGCCCGACCAGACCAUCUACCAGGCGGAGGCGCAGUACUUGCAGAUCUACGCCGUGACCCCCAUCCCUGAGAGCCAGGACGUGCUGCAGCGAGACGGCGUGCCCGACAACAUCAAAAGCUUCUACAAGUUCAACCACAUCUGGAGGUUCCGAUACGACCGUCCCUUUCACAAGGGCACCAAGGACAAGGAGAACGAGUUCAAGAGCCUGUGGGUGGAGCGGACCACCCUGACCCUGGUCCAGAGUCUUCCUGGCAUCUCCCGGUGGUUCGAGGUGGACAAGCGAGAGCUGGUGGAGGUGAGCCCGCUGGAGAACGCCAUCGAGGUGAUCGAGAACAAGAACCUGCAGCUGCGCACGCUCAUCACGCAGUGUCAGAGCCGGCAGAUGCAGAACGUCAACCCCCUCACCAUGUGCCUCAACGGGGUCAUCGACGCCGCCGUCAACGGGGGGCUGGCGCGCUACCAAGAGGCCUUUUUUGUCAAGGACUACAUGAUGAAUCACCCCGAGGACGGCGAGAAGAUUGGGCGGCUGAGAGAGCUCAUGUUUGAACAGGCUCACAUUCUGGAGUACGGCCUGGCUGUCCACGAGAAGGUGGUUCCCCAGGACAUGAGGCCCCUGCACAAGAAGCUGGUGGACCAGUUCCAUCUCAUGAAGUCCAGCCUGGGCAUACAGGAGUUUCCGGCUUACGUCCGUGCAAGCCCGGUGCAUUUCACCAAUGGAAGCCCACGUACGUGCAGGAACUCGGUGCCCAGCAUCAUCAGCCCGGACGGGGGCAGAGUCGCCGCCAGACGAAGCCUGCGCAGCUACCCGGCCGUCAAUCGCUACUCGUCCUCCUCGCUGUCCUCCCAGGCGUCCAACGAGGUCAGCAACAUCACGGGGCAGUCGGAGAGCUCGGACGAAGUCUUCAACAUGCAGCCCAGUCCGUCUACCUCGAGCCUGAGCUCCAACCACUCUGCCUCGCCCAACGUCACCAGCUCAGCGCCCUCUAGUGCCCGAGGUUCGCCGCAGAUGGCGGAGAAACACAAGCAUUCCAGAGAGAACGCCUGCCUGUCUCCCAGAGAGAGGCCCGUCAGCGCCAUCUUCCCCAACCCUCUGGACCCCACGCAGAGGGCGGCUCCUCAUCACAUAGGUGAUACCACUCUACCCCGCAGUGACCCCAACCUCUCAGCUCCAGACAAAGUGCGGGCCACGCCCAGUAGCUGGAGCCUGGACAGCGUCAAAGAGGGCGUCAUGUCCUUCUCUGACCCUGUCGGCAAGCUGCUGUAUCCUCCCAUCCCUCCCAGGCCGCCGUACACAGGAUCUUCGGCGAAAAACAUGCGGUCCCAGUCGCCCGUCCUCAUGUCCAGGUCGCCGCAAAAGACCACGGCGCCCCCCUUCACGCCGUCGCCCACCGAGUGCCACUCGUCCAGCCUGGUGUCCAACUCGCCCGUCCUCUCCGGCAGCUACAGCAGCGGCAUCUCCUCCCUCAGCCGCUGCAGCGUCUCCGAGGCGUCGGGCACCGAGCUUCCCGGCGCCGGCGAGCCGCCCCCGCCGCCGGCCCCCGCCCCCGACGAGCCCGUGCGGCGUGAGAACAAGACCCCGCCCCCGUACAGCGUCUACGAGCGCAACAACCCGCGGCGGCCCGUGCCGCUGCCCCACAGCCUCUCCAUCCCCCCGCAGGCGGAGCCGCCCGCCCUGCCCCCCAAGCCCCACCAGCUGCGCACGGGCAGCAUGAAGCUGGACGGCACCUCGGACCCCCGGGUGCCCAGACCCAGGCCCCUCCCACGGAAGGUGUCCCAGCUUUAGGCAGCCGCCGGGACGGAACACACUGGCAUUAUUUGCACUUUUUGGGCACUCGACUUGCUUUUCCCUCAUCGCCCAACAGACUUUUGCUAGGCGGGAUGACGCUCAGUCAGCCAUCUUUGUUAAUACUAACCCCGUUUCCAUAUGAGUUGGGAAAUUGUGUUUGAUGUAAAUAUAAACAGAAUACAAAUCAUUUUCAGUUGAAUAUGCUACAAAGACAACAUAUUUGAUGUUCAAACUGAUAAACAUUUUUUUUUUUUGCAAAUAAUCAUUAACUCUAGAAUUUGAUGCCAGCAUCACGUGACAAAAAAGUUGGGAAAGGUGGCAAUAAAUACUGAGAAAGUUGAGAAAUUCUCAUCAAACACUUAUUUGGAACAUCUUACAGGUGUGCAGGCUAAUUGGGAACAGGUGGGUGCCAUGAUUGGCUAUAAAAGCAGCUUCCAUGAAAAGUAAUUCACAAACAAGGAUGGGGUGAGGGUCACCACUUUGUAAGCAAAUUGUCGAACAGUUUUAGAACAACAUUUCUCAACGAGCUAUUGCAAGGAAUUUAGGGAUUUUACCAUCUACGGUCCAUAAAAUCAUCAAGACGUUCAGAGAAUCUGGAGAAAUCACUGCACGUAAGCGAUGAUAUUACGGACUUUUGAUUCCUCAGGCGGUACUACAUCAAAAACCGAAAUCGCUGUGUAAAGGAUAUCCCCACAUGGGCUCAGGAACACUUCAUAAAACCACUGUCAGUAACUACAGUCGGUCGCUACAUCUGUAAGUGCAAGUUAAAACUCUUACUAUGCAGAGCAAAACCCAUUUAUCAACAACACCCAGGAACGCCGCCGGCUUGGCUGGGCACAAGCUCACCUAAGAUGGACUGAUGCAAAGUGGAAAAGUGUUCUGUGGUCUGACGAGUCCACAUUUCAAAUUAUAUUUGGAAACUGUGGACGUGGUGUCCUCCGGAACAAAGAGGAAAAUAACCAUCCGGAUUGUUAUAGUCGCAAAGUUGAAAAGCCAGCAUGUGUGAUGGUAUGGGGGUGUAUUAGUGCCCAAGGCAUGGGUAACUUACACAUCUGUGAAGGCACCAUUAAUGCUGAAAGGUCCAUACAGGUUUUGGAGCAACAUAUGUUGUCAUCCAAGCAACGUUAUCAUGGACGCCCCUGCUUAUUUCAGCAAGACAUGUGUUACAACAGCGUGGCUUCGUAAAAAAAGAGUGCAAGUACUUUCCUGGCCCGCCUGCAGUCCAGACCUGUCUCCCAUGGAAAAUGUGUGGCACAUUAUGAAGCGUAAAAUACGACAGCGGAGACCCCGGACUGUUGAAGGACUGAAGCUCUACAUAAAACAAGAAUGGGAAAGAAUUCCAGUUUCAAAGCUUCAACAAUUAGUUUCCUCAGUUCCCAAACGUUUAUUGAGUGUUGUUAAAAGAAAAGGUGAUGUAACACAGUGGUGAACAUGCCCUUUCCCAACUACUUUGGCACGUUUUGCAGCCAUGAAAUUCUAAAUGAAUUAUUAUUUGCAAAAAAACAUUAAGUUUAUGAGUUUGAACAUCAAAUAUGUUGUCUUUGUAGUGCAUUUAAUUGAAUAUGGGUUGAAAAUGAUUUGCAAAUCAUUGCAUUCUGUUUAUAUUUACAUCUAACACAAUUUCCCAACUCGUAUGGAAACGGGGUUUGUAGAUCCAGGACAGCUCGGCCUUAAGUGGGAAUCUUAUUUUGCUACACUGUACGGUGCUCGCGGAGGAGCAUGCACUUUUGACUCAAGUGUCGUUUCGUGCCCUCAUAUCCACACUUUUUACUUUACAGGCUCUCCUGACAACAAAAAAAACAACGGUUGCCCCUCUCGUAGGCUUUUGCACUUUUCUUACCAGGACCAAACACACAACCGCUCUUUCCUGCAUGCUCCGGAGCCUGCAUGAGUUACUACGAUUAUUAGGAAAAAGUGUCGAUUGGUGCCAAGGAACCCCUAAAUUCUACUGUAAUUAAAGCACAAUCCUCUCUCUCGACAAGUACUGUUACGUAUUCGCCAAUUGGAGUUUAAAAAAAAAGUCAUUUUUUUGUACAGUUUAAUUUUUGUAAGCUGAUGACAUCAUAUUGUGUGAUUUUUAUUUUUUAUUUUUUUUCCCCCCUGCAUUUUUUGGACAAAAAAAAGUGGACGCUUUAGUACGGUUUCUACGUCACAUUUGUUUCGGUUUCUGGAGAAUUUGUAUAUUAUAUCAUGAGAUUAAUGUAAGUAAGCCAAAUAUAGAAGGAGAAAAAAGAAAAAAAAAAGGUGUAUUGCAAUUGAUGUAAAUAGUGUGUUUUUAACGAGACAAGAAAAAUAAUGUAGUUAUGAUAAUUUACAGCUUUGAAUGUAAUGUUGAAAGCAGGAAAUGAUGAUUAUUAAUAUAAAUGUUUUAUGGGUUUUUUGUGCGUGUAGAAAAACAAAAAAAAAAGGUUAUUGACAUCCUAACACAUUUACAAGUUCAAUAAACUGUCCAAUGUA